AGCAUGCUCGCUUUUUGCCUCCUGGUGGCCCUGCUCUGCCCGGGACGCAAGCCGGGCGCUUGGGGAGCCGGCCCGGAGCCGCGCAGAGCCGCGGCGGCGGCGGCGGGCAGCGAGCCGUGGUGCCCCUACAAGGUGCUGAGCGAGGGCGGCCCGGGGCGCCUCUGCUUCCGCAGCCCGGCGCGGGGCUUCCAGUGCGCGCCGGAGCGCUGCACGGCCCACCGCUCGCCCGGCCGCGCCCUGCUGGCCAACGUGCUCCACAACGGCAGCGUCCUGCUGCAGUGGGGCUGGCCCCCCGCGCCGGCCGAGGGCCUGCCCCCGCUGCGCGGCUUCGCGCUCUCCUGCUCGUGGGAAGGCGCCUACACGCGUUUCCAGUGCGACAGCGUGCGGCUGGGCACCGCCUGCCGGGACUACCUGCUAGCCGACGCGCACGGCAGCGUCCGCUACCGCCUCUGCCUGCAGCCCCUCUUCGCCGCCUCCAACCGCAGCGGCGGGCCCGAGCCGCCCGCCGGGCCGUCCGAGUGCGUCGAGUUCACCGUGGAGCCGGCCGGCAUGCGGGACAUCGUCAUCGCCAUGACGGCCGUCGGGGGCUCCAUCUGCGUCAUGCUGGUGCUCAUCUGCCUCCUGGUGGCUUACCUGACCGAGAACCUCACGCCCGCCUCGGCCAAGCGGGGCAACUGAGUCAGCGGCAGCCCUCCGAGGGCGGCUCGGGGACUCCCCGCGAGGCGGCCGGCCAGACCUCCUCCUGCCUGCCCUGGCAGCAAGC